AUGCUCCCGAUUCCGACGCUCUCCCGCGGCGCGGCCGCCGCGCGGCGGGCGGCGCCGUCGGCGGCGGGCUUCGCGGCCGGGUGCGGGUGGUCGUGGCUGCAGUCGCGGGAGGACCCCGCAGAGAACGAGAGCGCGCCGCAGCUGCUGGUCUGCGCCGCGGCCGGCUCGUGGGUCGGACUGGCCCGCGGGUUGCGCGCGGUGAAGGACGCGCUGCCCGAGGAGGCCGAGUGGCCGCGCAGCAAGCUGGGGCGGGCAGAGGAGAAGGAGCUGCUCGUGCUCAGCCACGUGGUGGCCAGCUGCGCGGAGCGCGGGCUGGACAGGCUCCGCAGGCUUCCAGUGGAGACGCCUGAGAUCGCUCCGGAGCGCCUGGGCGCGGAGUCCGAUGGCCCAGCGGUGUCGCUCGGGGAGUGUCCCCUGUGGAUGCUCGUCCUGCGAGCGGUGCCAGGGCUCUCCGAGGGCCCCCGGAGGCCUCUAUAUUUCCCAGGUCCGUACACAUCCCUGGAGGUCGUGGAUAUCCCCAGAGAUACCAAGAGGGCUCCCAGGAUCAAGAAGGAGCCCCCGCCGGGGGCGGCGCGGCCCCUCGCCGCGCGGCCGGGCUGGCGCCUGCCCUGGAGCCGCCCGGGCGCGGGGCCCGCGCGGAGACGCCGCCAGACGCCCGUGGAGCCGGCGCCUGGCGCGGCCGAGCUGGCCGCGAGCAUCGACGGGGCGGUGGCGGCGCUGGCGGAGAAGGCCGGGUGCGCCGCGGGCCUGGAGGGUGACCUGCUGGCCAUGCUGGCCGCCUCGCUCGAGGCGCUCGCGACGGGCCUCGGCCCGCGCUGGCCAGAGCGGCUCGGAGGCGAGGGCGCGCUGCACGUGGCAGGCGCGGCGGUGCUGGCGUGCACCGCGCUGGCAGAAGGGCGCAGGACCACCGCGCUGGGGCGCCAGGGCGCGCUGGGCCCGGAGGAGGAGCAGGAGGCCGCCCGCGCCCUCUCGGCGGUGUGGGGCGCCUUCCUCGGGCACCCGGGCGCCGCCGCCCUGCUGCGGGCGCCGGGGGCCUGGAGGGGUGGGGGCGAGCCGCCCGAGAUCCGCGAGCUGCGCGCCGCGCUCGCGGCGCGGCUGGCGGCGCUGCAGGCGAAGCCCGCCCCCCCGCCGCCGGUCGCGUUCCUCGCUGCGCAGGACCGCCGCGGCCGUCGUCACCGCCGCCGACGUCGCCCCUGCCAUCGCCGUCGUCGUCGUCGUCGUCGUCGCCGCCGUCGUAGUCGUACGCUGAAGUAAGGACCACUCUGGGCUCAGGAUGGGCCUUCAUUCCGG